AUGACGUUCUACAAGCGCAAGAUCACCGUCUCCGAUGGAGAAAUCACAAACGCUGCCCAUCUCACCCUGAGGCAGUCGUUCUUGCCAAACUGCUUGGUCACCAUUCUCUUCUUUCUAUGGGGCUUUGCGUAUGGACUUCUCGACGUGUUGAACAGCCAUUUCCAGACCACGCUCAACAUCACCGCUUCGAGAUCUUCCGGCCUCCAAGCUGCUUAUUUCGGAGCAUAUUUCCUCUGCCCGCUCACGAUCUCGGGAUGGAUUCUGCGAAGAUUUGGUUUCCGGAUCACCUUCAUGACAGGUCUGGCAGUUCUCGCUGUUGGAUGUCUUCUCUUCUGGCCGAGCGGGGUGAAGAAAUCCUUUGGCGGAUUCUGCGGCUCCAUGUUCGUGGUCGGUGCCGGGCUCAGCACGCUCGAGACGGCGGCCGACCCGUUCCUGUCCAUCUGUGGACCGCCCAGAUACAGUGAGAUCCGACUGAACCUGGCUCAGGCGGUGCAAGGUGUUGGGAGUUUUGUGGCUCCGUUGCUGGCAAGCAGGGUGUUUUUCGCUCACACUGUUGACACCAACCAGGGUCUCAGGAACGUGCAGUGGACAUACCUAGGCGUUGCCGGGUUCGUGGGCGUCUUGAUCGUUCUCUUCUUCUUGGCUCCGAUGCCUGAAAUCACGGACGCCGAUAUGCACCAUCAAGAGCAUGUCAUUGCCGAAUAUAACCCUGGCCCGCUGCGCAAGCAGUACACUCUGUUCUUGGGCGUGUGGUCACAGUUCUGCUACGUGGGCGCUCAGGUCGCUGUUGCUGGAUACUUUAUCAACUUUGUCAAAGAAACAGGUCGAUCGGCCGCCAACGCCUCGGACCUCCUCGCCGCUGCGCAAGGAAUCUAUGCCGCCAACCGGUUCAUUGCCGGGUUUUUGAUGAUGAUCCCGGCCGUGAAGCCGCGGUACAUGCUCACCAUCUACCUGGGCAUGUGCUGCGUCAUCUCGCUCAUCGCGGGGCUCACGCGCGGCACGACCUCGGUGGCGUUCCUCAUGCUGGUCUUUGUGUUUGAGAGCUGCUGCUUCGCCACCAUCUUCACCAUGUCCCUCCGCGGAUUGGGGCGGCACACCAAGCGCGGCGGCUCGUGGCUCGUCGCCGCCAUCUCUGGGGGUACCGUGUGGCCCAGCAUGACCGGGGCGGUCGUCACCCGCUACAACGCCCACGUCGCCAUGUUCAUCCCCAUGACGGGCUACAUCGUCGGCAUGGUCUUUCCCAUCUACGUCAACCUGUACCAGCGCGAGAGGAUGGACACGCAUCGUGCCACCGAGGUCGGCAUCGUCGUGCCCAGUGAGAAGGAGCUCGAGCUCGAGAGGCAGCAGAGUGUGGUAGGAGACGGGAAGCCUCAGGCGGUCGAGAUUCGUGAGGACGCGGAGUUGAAGUGA